GCAUUUCCAGCAGCACGUUGAUAAAUAAUGUACCGGCUUUAGCUAGCGGUCGAAAUGUCGACUGGCGUGGGAAAACAUAAGCUGCUCUCCCUUGGACCGACAGAACCAUGGUCCAUCCGGGAGAAGCUGUGCCUGGCAUCCUCAGUCAUGAGGAGUGGAGAUCAAAAUUGGGUGUCAGUCAGCAGAGCCAUCAAACCGUUCUCAGAACCAGGCCGCCCUCCAGACUGGUUUUCGCAAAAGCACUGCGCCUCACAAUAUUCAGAGCUGCUGGAGACCACAGAGGCCCCAAAACGGAAACGUGGUGAAAAAGGAGAGGUGGUGGAGACCAUUGAGGAUGUAAUAGUGCGCAGACUCACUGCAGAAAGGAUUGAUGAGCUUAAGAAACUAAUCAAAGACACUCAAGAGAAAUACAGGAAACUGAAGAAGGAUUUAGAUUUGAUUCAGGCAGGACACAUGGACUCCAAACUGGAGGAACUGUGGGGAGAUAUUGAACAAAAAAGGAAGCAAGAGGAGGAGGAGGCUGUGCAGAAGAGGAAAGCUACAGAGGCUGCCUAUCAAGCACGGCAAGCAGCUAAAAACACACCCAAAAGGCUCCCGAGUGUCACUGUCCGCUCCCCUUUACGGGCCAGUUCUCCUAACAUGGACCUCUCACAACCUGAUACUCCUCAGCCAAUGGCAGACGAAUCCUGUGCCAGCCCAAUGGCUCAGGGUGUGGGGGUGUUCAUUCCUGUGCCCGAGUCAGCUGGCCAGGGCCAUAAAGAGGGAAGCUUGGGAACUCUGACGGACGAAUCACCACAGAAGAAACUCCAGACUCAGAAAGCCACUCCACCACCAUCUCCUCUGCUCUCUGAGCUGCUGAAAAAAGGCAGCCUUCUAUCAGCCAGCCCCAGACUGGUGGGGGAGGGAGAUGUGGCUACUGCUCUCAGUAAUGGUGGUCACAGUGUCGAGGUACACGGUUCUGCAGCUGCUGUUCCCUCCAGUCAUGAUAUCUCUACAGAUGCACCGACAUUAUCGCGCUUGUUGGAAGGUGCUCCCCCAGUCCAGAUGCCAGCCAGCACUGAGCCCCCUAAUCCCCCCAGUGUAGCUCUCUCUGCUCCAGGACACCACUUUGUACCCAACACAGGAACAGUAGUUGCUGAUUGUUCCGGUCCAGAGGCAGUACUGGCAGUACAAUCCGGGUCAGGGUCAGAGCAGACGGACGCUAGAGACGGAGAGCUGGUGGAAGACUUGGUAGCUGUGUCUUACAUGGAGGAUGAGCUGGACUUGGAGACAGUGGGGGACAUUAUAGCAAUUAUUGAAGAAAAGGUGGAUGACUCGGUGGAGGUGUUGGAUGCAGCAGCAGUGGAGGCUGCUCUUUCUCUGUGCGAGGAGGCUGUGGCAGGCGGCCACUCUCUUUCAAACCCCUGGGAGACAGAAGCCUUUAAGACGGUCGACCCAGACCCCAUAUCCCAGGCAAGAGUGCCCACAAGUGUGCCACUAUCCUCCUCUGUUUGCAUGCCCAUACCUUCACCUGAACCGGUCGCUCUCGAGGGGGAAGCAGCCACAGUGGUGGGGGAAGCAUCACAGACUGAAGUACCUGAAAUGCUCACAAAUGUCCCUGACUCUGUCCCCCCACCGGGGUCAGACAACACCCACGAGUCUGAAACACCAGGCGAAGAAGCGAGUAAUGAAGAGGAGGCUGGAGUAAAAGAGGAGGAGCAGACAGAAAACAGAUCACCCAGCCCUUCUGUGAAGUGCGAGAGCGAGGAGUGGACGCAACCUGAACCCGAGACGCCCUGCCUCGACUCGGAGGACAGCUCAACCUCAGGGAGAGACCCAAAGGAGGUGAAGGAUGAGGAUGGAGGCAGUGAGGUGGAUGCGGAUGAAUCGAUGGAUAUGAAAGAAUGCGGAGAGGGGCCUUAUCUUUCUGAGGUGGACCCCCCAGCCAGUGAAAGUGAGGAUGGGUAUGGCACCAACUCCCAGCGGUACACCACUGCAGACUCCACUGCCAGCAGCCCGGCAUCUUCCCAGUUCUCCAUGUGCAGUGAGGACCAGGAGGCUCUGCAGGCACAAAAAAUCUGGAAAAAAGCUAUAAUGCUGGUGUGGCGUGCAGCAGCCAAUCACAGGUAUGCCAGCGUGUUCCUGCAACCUGUAUCGGACGACAUCGCUCCAGGCUACCACAACAUUGUACACAGGCCCAUGGACCUCUCCGCCAUCAAAAAGAAUAUAGAGACGGGGCAGAUUCGCACCACGGCUGAGUUCCAGCGGGACAUCAUGCUAAUGUUCCAGAACGCAGUGAUGUACAACAGCUCUGACCAUGACGUCUACCACAUGGCCCUGGAGAUGCAGCGUGACGUCCUGGAGCAGAUCCAACAGUUCCUGGCCACUCAGCUCAUCAUGCAGACGUCUGAGUCAGGAAUUAGCGCCAAGAGCCUUCGGGGACGAGAGGCUAACCGCAAACAGGACCCCAAUGACAAGGAUGGAGGCACUAGAGGGCGUCGCAGUGCCAUCGAGGCAGAUAUGAAAAUGAAGAAAUGAAGCGAGGUUUAAAUACUGAGUGUCCUUGCCUACUAGCUAAAGAAUCAGCGAGUCAGUCAGCCAGGAUGUGCAGGGCUGAACAUAAAAAAGCAUAGUGUUGGCAAGUAUUUUACAUACUCUGUAAAUAUGUGGUUUAAGACAUAGUUUGUCUCACUGUGUUCUAAGAAACAACUGCAGUUAGUAAUGAGGUAUAAUUGUGUUUGUCAUCUGAGACUGCUAGAACAAUUUCAUAUACUGUUUAUUUGUAAAUAUAUACACAGUUUCAUUUUUAUUAUUCUAUUUCUGCAUUAUUUUCCAUUUCUCCCAGUCUUGUCAUAUGCAGUUACCCGUUUGUGUCUCCUCUACUGCUCCAGACCCCUACUUUGCCAGACGAGGGCCGUACAUAACACAUGCCCCCUCUGACAAAAGCAGUUGUCAACUGCUUAUUUUCCCUUGCAUGAAUCGGGUGACUGUCACACACUGCUCUCUGUUAUUCACCAUCUCUCUGCAGGCACCUUUGACCAGCCAGCAUAGGAAUCCUUUUGACCAUCCCUACAGACAGACACAGCUAAUCAUGUCUGUGUGCUGGUGCCAGGCCGGCAGCCUAGCAAAGCUGAGAGUCAAACUCAAGAGCUCGAGAUCUCUGCGACUCUGGGCUAGUGCAUUAGACUGCUGCGCCACCCAAGCAACUCAACACUCUCUAUCUCUAUUUCCUCGGCUGCUCCCGUUAGGGGUCGCCAGCGGAUUGUGAUUUGCAUUAUUGAUUUGGCACAGUUUUUACGCCAGAUGCCCUUCCUGACACAACCCUCCCUAUUUAUCCGGGCUUGGGACCGGCACUACGAUGCAUUGGUUUACGCAUCCUAGCGGCUAGGUACCUAUAGGACAAUUCAGUGUCUCCAAUUAGCCUGGCUGCAUGUUUUUGGACUGUGGGAGGAAACCGGAGCAUCCGGAGGAAACCCACGCAGACACAGGAAGAACAUGCAAACUCCGCACAGAAAGGACCCAGACCGCCCCACCUGGGGAUCGAACCCAGGACCUUCUUGCUGUGAGACGACAGUGCUACCCACUUAGCCACCGUGCUGCCCCCAAGCAACUCAACACUGUUCCUUGUAAUUUCCAUUUAUUCUCACAAACAAUUUAAUUAUAUAGUGUAGUUUAACUAAGUGCAUUUGAUGCAGGUUAAACAAAUAUUGAACACCAAACAUAUCUUAGCUUAGCAACUAAAAGUAAAAUUGAAACUUUUUAGCCAGAAAAUGUUGUAAAUUGGAUUUGCUAAAUUCUUAAAUAUUCUGAAACUAAACUAAAACAGAAAAAUUUUUCAGUACAGUACAGAGUGCUAACAUUUCAGUUCAAAAUCUUCCAUAGGCAUUUGAUCAGAUGGAGAUCUGGUGACUUCAUAUAACAGGAUGUAGUAUAUGAUUUAUAUGACUUUUAUUAACUACCUUACCCCCUUGCUUUGUGGAUGUUGGCAUGGUCAUGUCAUGGUAAUGGUCAAAAAAAUACUUCCAUCAAAAUAGUCAAUAUGAAGUUUCAUCAUAUUGACCAAGUGAUUUUUUUUUUGGUUUGCAGUGACCAGGCCAUCCAUAGCGUAUGUUUUUCCACUCAUUAAUUCAGGGUUCUUCGACAUGUCCUGAGUAAAGACUGGUUUUAGCAGAUCUAGACUGGGUCAAAUCCUGGAUGCAUAAAUUGGUAAUUUGUGCUGACUAGCGUUAUUGUAUAAAUACAGCCUAUUCAUGUAUGUAAAUUUGCUUGUUGUUUUAAUUUGUAGGGCAGUGUAGCUUAGCAGUUGAGGUACUGGACUAGUAAUCAGAAGGUUGCUCAUUCAAGUCCCACCUUUGCUAAGUGGCCAGUGUUGGACCUUUUGCUUGCUUUGUAUCCUACGCAAUUAUAGGUCGUUUUGAAUAAAAGUGUCUGCUAAAUGCUGUAAAUGUAAUUUAUGUGUGUUAAUAAAACUUCCGUCAGCCA